AACUCCCCAGUAGCCAAGCGCAAGCGGGCGCUCGCAUUUCCGCGGUCUCACGCUGCCACGCAGAUCAAAUCUCAAAUCUCAGCAGCAGUACAAUAAUCGGGAGGUCGCCACCGACCCCUAAGCUAGAAUCGCGCUCCACUCCAGUGCUCACUCCCGCACCGUACGCUUCGCUUUUGCCCGCCUACGCCAGCGCCACCGGCCGACGGUUGCGGGGGCUCGCCGGAGGGCGGAGGAGGCAGACGAGCAGGAGGGUGGUGGUAGGGCGGGGGGACGGCGCUGGGUGGCCGACGCCGCGGGAGAUGAAGGCCAAGGCCCUCCCCUUCAUCGCCUUCGAGCACAAGCGGGACGCUUAUGGCUUUGCUGUGCGGCCACAGCACCUGCAGCGGUACAGAGAGUAUGCAAACAUCUACAAGGAGGAGGAAGAGGAGAGGUCAGAGAGAUGGAAGAAUUUUCUGCAUCGGCAGGCCGAGGACGGAGAGUCAUCUGGAGAGGAUGUCAAGGUUGCACCUUCCAACGAGGAUGACGGACCUGCUGGCAAGAAUGCUGAUGAUGCAAGGUCAGACGAGAAAACACUGAGGCAGCCAAGACCACAUAAGAUCCAGAUAUGGUCCGAAAUCAGGCCCUCUUUGGGCCACAUCGAGGAGAUGAUGAACGCACGUGUCCAGAAACAGCAAUCUUCUUCUGUUAAAGAGGGGUACACGGGUGAUGAACUGCACCCUGGUAAUCCUGAAGAGAGCAAACCAUCGGAGGAUUCUGAUGAUGAGUUCUAUGAUGUAGAGAAGGUUGAUCCUAGCCAAGAAGUGUCUGCAGCUGACAUUGCCAAUGCUGACUCUGGUACAAAUAGAGGUGCAGACCAAGAAGAUUAUUAUCCUUGGAAGGAAGAAUUAGAAUGCUUAGUCCGUGAUGGGCUUCCAAUGGCUCUGAGAGGAGAGCUAUGGCAAGCUUUUAUCGGUAUUGGAGCUCGUCGGGUGAAAGGGUACUAUGAGGGUCUCCUUGCUGCGGAAGGUGAAAGAGAAGACAGCAAAUGUUCCGAUUCCCCGACUACGGAAGGUGGUGAUGGAAAACCAAAAGCAUCUCAGCCAUUUUCUUCUGAAAAGUGGAAAGGGCAAAUAGAGAAGGAUUUGCCUAGAACAUUUCCAGGGCAUCCUGCACUAGAUGAGGAUGGCAGAAAUGCAUUAAGACGCUUGCUCACAGCUUAUGCUAGACACAAUCCAUCAGUUGGUUACUGCCAGGCAAUGAACUUCUUUGCUGGUUUGUUACUUCUACUGAUGUCAGAAGAGAAUGCAUUUUGGGCAUUGACAGGCAUUAUGGAUGACUAUUUUGAUGGUUACUUCUCUGAAGAAAUGAUCGAAUCUCAGGUGGAUCAGCUUGUCUUAGAGGAGUUAGUCCGAGAGAGAUUCCCAAAACUAGUAAAUCAUCUUGAUUACCUUGGUGUACAAGUUGCAUGGGUUACUGGUCCAUGGUUCCUAUCUAUUUUCAUGAACAUGCUUCCCUGGGAGAGUGUUCUUCGUGUUUGGGAUGUGCUUCUCUUUGAGGGAAACCGUGUGAUGCUCUUCCGGACAGCCCUUGCACUGAUGGAGUUGUAUGGUCCUGCACUUGUGACAACAAAAGAUGCUGGGGAUGCAGUAACCCUUUUGCAGUCUUUAGCUGGCUCUACUUUUGAUAGUAGCCAGCUUGUUUUAACAGCUUGCAUGGGAUAUCAAGCUGUAGGUGAAGUAAGGCUGCAAGAACUGAGGAAUAAACACCGGCCAUCUGUUAUCUCUUCAAUGGAACAGAGAGCAAGAGGCCUUCGUGUCUGGAGGGACACCAACAGUCUUGCAUCUAAACUAUAUAAUUUCAAGCGUGACACUGAACCAUUGGUAUCACUAUCAGAAGAACAGUCAAAUGACUCAACAGAUGGCGAUAAGAACCAAGAAACCAGUUCUGGGAAUAUGAAUGAUAUGUAUCGUGGCCUCACUGUCAACUCUGAGAUUGACUCUUUGCCUGAUCCUAAAGAUCAGGUCAUCUGGUUGAAGGGAGAAUUGUGCCAGCUGCUAGAGGAGAGAAGAUCAGCUGUUCUGAGGGCUGAUGAACUAGAGACAGCACUGAUGGAGAUGGUUAAGCAAGAUAACAGACGUGAAUUAAGUGCAAAGGUCGAGCAGUUGGAACAAGAGUUAUCAGAGCUAAGGCAAGCUCUAUCGGACAAACAGGAACAGGAGCAAGCAAUGCUUCAGGUUCUGAUGCGUGUGGAGCAAGAACAGAAAGUCACAGAGGAUGCACGCAUCUGUGCUGAGCAAGAUGCUGCUGCUCAGAAAUAUGCUUCACAUGUGCUCCAGGAGAAGUAUGAGGAAGCUAUGGCUUCACUUGCACAAAUGGAGAACAGAGCAGUUAUGGCAGAAACAAUGCUAGAGGCGACGCUUCAGUACCAAUCUAGUCAGCAGAAAGCACAGCUGCCGUCCCCUUCUCCUUCUCCAAGGACCCCAACACGAGAUGGAACACCUGGCCAGGUGAGCCAAGAUUCAUCACAGGAGUUCCAGCCUAGAAGAAUAAGUUUGCUUGCCCCAUUUUCCCUCGGCUGGCGAGACAAGAACAAGGGCAAGCAGAAUGGCACCGAUGAGUCAACAAACGGCAAGCUUAACAUUAACACUGAAAGGGUUGAAACACCGAAGAAGGACGAUGAAAAGCAGGGUGGCUCACCAAAAGAGGGUGAACAGAGAGUAGAAACACCCAAAAGAGACAGCGAGCCCAGAUUAGAGACACCCAAGAUGGAUGGCGAUAUACCAAGUGCCGAAAGGAGCGCAAAUGAUAUGGAUGGGCAGGAAGAUCAGCUGGAGGAAAUAAAAUUGGAUUGACAUCCUUUGGCUGGUCUUCACCAAUGUUGUUAAGCACAACAUAAGGUGCCAUUUUUUAAUUAUGUAUUGGUAAUUGGUGUAUUUAGUUUCCCCCCACUUUUUGCCGUAUUUUAGGUUUAUAGAUUCUUUGGACAGUAACUUGAGGGGACAGAACAAAUAAGUUAUGUUUUGCCUGUUGAUUUUGUCGAUUGACUGUAAGUUAUAUAUACUCAUGAAAAAAAGAAGUACCAAAUAGGAGGUAAAUUACAAAGCAAUUUCUGGCCA